AUGAGCUGUGGAAAAGAUUUUGUAGAAACUCUUAAGAAAAUUGGAUAUCCAAAAGCUCAUGAGCUUAAUGAAGGAGAUUUUGAUUGGCUGUUUGACUCUUUGGAAGACAAAUCAUUCCUGGAGUGGUUUUGUGGAAAUAUAAAUGAGCAGCAUGUGCUAUCUGAAAAAGAAUUGCAAGAGUUUGAUAACCUUCUUGAGUCUGGUAAGCCCAUUUUGGAAGGAAAUGCGCUGGAUGAAGUCCUUAAAACCUUAAAGCCCAUGGAUUCAAAGAACGGUAUCCAGAAGAACGGUAUCCAAGAAGAUGAGGAGGAACUGAAGAAUUUAGAGGAUGAGCUUCAAGCUCUUCAGAAGUUAAAAAAACUUCAAAUUCAUCGGCAUAAUAAGCUUCAAGUAAUGCUUUCUGAAAACAGCCAGAUGUUACAAAAUUUAAAAAGCAAAGAGGAGGAAGCACAGAAUUAUUUGCAAGAAGGACUGAAGAUGUUUAAUGCAGCAAAUGAUGAACUUAAUAAGGAAUUGCUGUCUUUUACGGAUGCAGCCAGCAAAUUUACCUCUUUCUUCACUGCUUCAGAUUCAGAACAAGGGUCAGAUCUAAAUCCAGUGUUUUUUUCCCAACUUUCUUUGGACAAGUAUUUGUCUCAGGAAGAACAAAGCACUGCAGCACUUACCUCGUACGUAAAAACCCUUUGUUGUCCAGGUAUGUCUGAAUCGGUUGACAAUUCAGAGGAAGGCAGCUUUCAGCUUGACGAUAUAGGUAAACAAGUCACUUGUGAUGAGACUAAUGAACUUUGUGAAGAGAGUCGAGAGAUAGCAAGGCUUCAGACAGCUUAUAUUUGUGCUCAGCAUCAGCUAAUUCAGCAGCAAGCUAAAGAGGAGAGCAUGAAGUCGACUAUAAAAUGUGCGGAGAGCAUGCUGCAGUCCUUAAACAAGGAUAUUGGAAAACAAGAGAACCUCGAUGACAAAAUAUCUAGUUUGAAUGAUGAAAUUUCAGCGAUCAGACAAGAUAUAGCUCGGAUAAACAACGAAGAGCUGCUUCCCCUUCUAAAAGAGAAGGCCCGACUUCUGUGUGUGCCAGUGGUCAAGGGGUUGUUGGAACAUCAGAUUGCACAGAAAUAUUAUGCUUCAAUACAAGAUAAAGUAUGCAGGUAUUUGAUAAGACAGAAAGCAUCGUUUGAACUUAUUGAGCUAGCCUAUGAAAUGGAGUUGAAGAAGCAUAAAGAGACCUCUUGUCAACUUGAGAAUUUGGUAGAAUCUCUGAAACAGAGCAGUAAUGAGGUGGAACAGACACUACAGGUGAUGACUGAGCAGAGUCAGUGUGCGAAGCCAAGAGGCACUAUCAGUUCAAGCGACAGUUUCCCUUGCAGGCUAUUUCAGAUUCUGGAAGGAGACAAUAAAAAGCAGCAAUUGUUUAAAACAUACAAAAACCUGGAGCAGAUGGCUCAGAAGUUAAAGCAGGACUAUGCUACAGCUCAAGAUCAGCUAGCAGCAUCUUCUCAGCAACAGUCUCUGCUUCUGUCCAAGCUAGAAAGUGAUGUAGAUGCUCUUCGAAAUGCCCUGUAUCGUGGAGGAAAUCAGCUACAACUCACAAGUCAGGAACUUAGUGAGCAGUUUUGUCAACUGGAAGCUGAUUUGAAAAAACUAAAUCAACUCCUUGUGGAUCUGGUUGCUGACCUGAAAUCAAAGAGAAGCUUUUUAGAGUCCAAUAAGCUGCAUCAGAUCGAAAGAAAGUUGUAUGUGUACUAUUUCCAAGAUGAAGAGAAGUUGCAAGAGGUGGUGGAGACGCUUGAGCAGCAGUCUGAGGCUAAAGCCAGUGGUCUGGAAGAUUAG